CAUUAUCAAAUACUCUGAAUGUGUAUCUGCAAAGAACAUUAGCCAACUCAGUGUCACCAAAAAUGUAUACAACUUGCAUUUUUUCUCAUACUCUGGUUUAUUAUGGUCUGUGUAUUUCUUUUGCAGGCAAGGAGGCAGCUCAGGCGGGCAAAGAAAAGAGGAAACAAAAUAAAAAAGCCCACAGACACUGCCCUGCAAAUAGUGUUUAGUAAAAGAGUUAAAAACGGAGAGGCCAGAGUCACUUGGAGAGGUGUGUUGAUACGGACAUCAGAAGAGUUCAAAACGGAGAGGCCAGAGUCACUUGGAGAGGUGUGUUGAUACGUCCAUCAGAAAAGUGUGUGAAUGCAUAAAAAAAUAGUCCAGGCUGAACCUAACGCUGCUACGAACGUCUGUGCUCGUCAAAACCAAGUAUUAAGAAUAGUUAUAAGAUCGAACACCCCAGAAAGGCAAUGAAGUCUUAGGGAACCAGGCGUUGGGAGCAGCUGUAAGAUGCUGAAACACCCUCUAAGCAGGAGAUAAAGUCUACGGGAACUUGACUAUCAAUUUCACAAACAACGUGGAUCUAUUUCCCUGGCAAGAAUAGACGAGGUGCUGUCGUUGGAGAGAGGGGUGUUCUUCGGCGUGGGUGCUGGCGAGGGCGUGAGGGCGGAGGCGAGGAAAAUGGAUGCGGGCGGGGCUCACUACAAUGGGUUUCCUCUGAGCCGAGACUACUUCAACGCCUCUCAUGAAGACUACAGAGUGCCGCGGUGUCUGCAGGAGAGGAAGACUGGAAUCUGCCGCGCCCGUAUCCCUCGCUGGCACUACGACCACACCUCGGCCUCCUGUCAGCCCUUCACGUACGGCGGCUGUCAGGGCAACGAGAACAACUUCCCCACAGAACAACACUGCCGCGCCGUCUGUCCGGACGAGAUUCCAUGCCCAGGAAACCCAUUCAAAGUGUGUCGCGUCUCGGAGUCCACCUGCGUCACCGCCACCUGCCCGCUGUUUCCAUCGGCUAUCUGCUUUGUCUUGCCCUGCUCCUGCCAGACCCUCUUUGUGGACGAGUGGAACGUGAGGGUCAGAUGCACGAAGACCACUACUACCACUACUACUACUACUACUGCUACGGACGCUAAGACCACGAAGCCAGAUGUCACCACCACCUCGUCCGUGCCUGGUGGUGAUGAGGAGGACCAGAAAGGCAGUGGUGCCGUUCGUAGCCUGGUCGUGGUGUUGCUGGUCAUGGCUGGGUUCGGCUUCCUGGUCCUUCUCCUCAGCGUCGUGGUUGGGAGGUGUCGCGCGAAGACCAGACGGACGGAGAGCACCACGCGCCUUCAUGAGCCUUCCGAAGAGGACUCGCUUUCAGACUCCCACCACAACGCUCGCGUCCCCAUUUUUGAGAUUCUGUAGGCGCCGUGAAAGGGGGUUGAUCAUGAGUGUUUGUGGGGAUGAAAAUGGGAGUUGAGGUUGUUUUAGGGUAUCAAGAGUAUGGUAGACGUUUUUUAAGUGCUGUAUGAGGCGUUAACGGCCGCUAGAGUCCAGAGGGUUUUAUCAUACGUGUUUGUGAGGCUGAGGAAUGGGAGUUGAGGCUCAGUUUUAGCGUCUCAAGAGUAUGGUAGACGUUUCUUAAGUGCUGUAUGAUGAGUGAAGAAUAUUGUUUAGUUUCCCGGCCGCUAGAGUCCAGAGGUUUUUAUCAUACGUGUUUGUGGAGCUUAAGAAUGGGAGUUGAGGUUCAGUUUUAGCGUCUCAAGAGUAUGGUAGACGUUUCUUAAGUGCUGUAUGAGGCGUGAAGAAUAUUAUGCUAAGUUUCCCGGCCGCUAGAGUCCAGAGGUUUUUAUCAUACGUGUUUGUGGAGCUUAAGAAUGGGAAAUGAGGUUCAGUUUUAGGGUGAGAGUCGAUAUUUUAGUCUGAUUUUAAUGUCCUGUUUUGAAUGAGUCUUCCGUCAGUGCCUUGUUAGUGCCUUGGAUAUGAAUGAUAAUUAGUCGUGUGAGUGUUGCUAAAAUUCUCCUGUUUCCUCAGAGUCGAUAUUUUAGUCUGAUUUUAAUGCCCUGUUUUGAAUGAGGCUUUCGUUAGUGUCAUCUUAGCCUUGGGUGAAUGAGUUUGUCGUGUGAGUGUUGCUAAAAUGCUUCAACACUUCGACUUUGUGUAUAGGAAAGAGAGUUCAGGAUUUUAAUAUUGGUAGCAUUAGUCAUCAUCAGCCGAGGAGUGUGUGUUCGAUCCAUAAGGCGUUUUAACAGGGAUACUAUACAGUUUGUUUUUGAUCCAUUUUAGUGAUAUGUGAACGACAGGAGUUUUAACAGGGAUACGAUAUUGUUUUUUUAAUACUUUUUAGUGAUAUGUGAAUGUCAGGAGUGCGAAUGUCCGAUUUUCUUGGCGUUUUUAAUAAAUGCAUCAAGUGAUAUAACUAUA